CUCGGUACCAUGUCCCCACCACGGAAUACCUACCAUUAGGUCCGCGGCUUCCCCACCAGAUGCGAGUGAAAGAGAGGAGAGAAGGAGAUCCAGAGCGUUGGCACCUUGCGUUGAAGCGACGCGCGAUCAUACUUUACGUCUUCCGGUUACGAGAUUUUAGCGCGAGAAUGAUUUUUGGAACAGACAAUCAUGCGUCGCGGAAAUCGUCACCUUUAAUGAGUUUGCAGGUAGCAAUUUUAUCAACUCUAUCGCACAUCCUGCUUCCCCAAAAUCAGCUGACAACACAGGAGACAUUUCCAGAGGCAUUUUAUGUGAUAUUUACCGUACUAAAAGUGGGGAUACGUAUAACUUGCAAAACGCAAAUCACAAGCGGACCAAAAACAAGGAAGAACCAGGAACGAGUGGUGGAUACGGAAGAGUCGUGUCGUGAGAGCUCCGGAAGGGAUAGCCUUUGAUUGUGAUGUGGUGGAGCCCCCCGG